UUCAAAAGCCAGCUCUUUUCACUGUUCUCUCUCAUCUCUCGAUAUAGCUCGCUAAUAAGUUUUAGCGAUCCAAAUUUUUCAAAAAUUCCAAUAAAAGAUUAAUUGUUUUUAUUUUUACAAAUAUUAAUCAUUAAUUGCCCUGGGGUUUCUUGAUCUAGGGUUUUUGUUGAUUAUUUUUGUUUAUUUCUUUUACUUAGUCGCCGAAAAGAGUAGGGAAUUGAAGAAAGGGUUUUCGAGAUUCGUGGAACACUGGGACAGCGAAGGAGCAGUGGAAGACUGAGUAUGGUGAUUAAACCGGCAGCUCCUUUGCUGUGAAUUAAAGGGAAGUAAAACAGGGUACCCAGAUAAAGUUUUGGCUAAGAUGUUGGCAAAGAGUGAUAGGUUCUCGGGAGGGUAUUAUCGUGGGCCAUAUGAGCCACCUGGUGAAUCAGAGGGAUCUGGUAGCUCAGGACGAAUUGAUACUGAAAUUACUGCUUCAGAAGAUUCAAGUGCCCCAACGAGAAAAUGCAUCAGUUUGAACCCUGAUAAACGUGACACUUUUGGUGCCCCUAUACAAGUGCUUUCCCUGUCAAACAUGUCACAGUCUGAAAGAAAGGAUUUGAUACAUAGGUUGAGCCAUGAAUUGGAGCAGAUACGAAUGCUUCAGAAGAAAGUUGAGUUGCAAAGGACAAAUGGUGUUACCAUGUCAUCUUCCAGUGAUAUUCUUAGUUGUAGCAAUGGGCAAAUUCUACCUCAUGUACAGGAUUUUCAGAAAUCAUCGAUGAUGGCGUCUGGGCCAGGCAAGAAAGGGAAUCCUUUGAAUGGAAAAGGACGCGGAUGGAAUCGGGGUUCUUCAGGAAAAUUUGAGUCUGCAAAGCAUGCUUCAGCUCCCAAUACCGCAAAUAUUAUCCUGAUGAAGCAGUGUGAGGGUUUACUAAAACGAUUGAUGGGCCAUCAGUAUGGGUGGGUCUUCAACCAACCUGUUGAUGUAGUGAAGUUGAAUAUUCCAGACUACUUUAAUGUUAUAAAGCAACCAAUGGAUCUAGGAACAAUUAAAAAGAAGAUCACUUCAGGUGCAUAUGCAAGCCCCAUGGAGUUUCACACUGAUGUGAGGCUUACUUUCAGCAAUGCAAUGACCUAUAAUCCCCCUGGAAAUGAUGUCCAUAUUAUGGCUGAUACCCUUAACAAGUUUUUUGAAGUGAGGUGGAAAAAUAUCGAGAAGAAGUUACCAGUAACUGGUGGCCAGUUGGUACAAAGCAAAGCUCCUGCUGACAACAUAGAAUCUUCUAAGACAAUGCCUCCUGCAAAAAAGAGGAAGACAACCUCAGUUACCCAAGAAAUUAUACCAGAGCCUGUAAAGAGAAUGACAGCUGAGGAAAAGCACAAUCUAGGCAGAGAACUGGAAUCUUUACUAGCUGAAAUGCCUAUGCAUAUCAUUGAUUUCUUGAGAGAGCACAGUUCAAAUGGAAGGGAAUCUGGAGAGGAAGAAAUUGAGAUUGAUAUUGAUGACCUCAGUGAUGAUACCUUGUUCACAUUGCGGAAGCUUUUAGAUGACCAUUUGCAAGAGAAACAGAAAAAUCAGUGUAGAGCUGAACCUUGUGAAAUUGAGCUGUUGAAUGAAUCUGGACUGAGUAAUUCAUCCAUGCAACAAGACAAAGGGAAUGACCAAGCUGAUGAGGAUGUUGACAUUGGGGGAAAUGAGCCUCCUGUGUCAAGCUAUCCACCUGUGGAGAUAGAGAAGGAUACAGGCCAUAGAAGCACAAAGUCUGUUAGUUCAGGCAGCUCCAGAGAUUCAGACUCUAGCAGUUCUGAUAGUGAAUCUGAUGGUGCUAAAGUUUCAAGUCCUGUGGAUGCACUGAAGGUGCUGGAGGCUGUAGAUUCUGGAGCUCAAUUAGAUGAAAAGACAAGUGUCGACAAUCCUCUUGAUAGGAAUCAAUGUGUUAGUGGGUUGGAUCAGCUUGAGCAGACUUCUCAGCCAAAGCCAAGUUCUGUUGAGUCGGAUAGUUGUCAAGAUGGGGACAGCGCUCCAACCGAGAGACAGAUUUCUCCUGAGAAACUUUACAGGGCUGCUUUAUUGAAGAAUCGAUUUGCUGAUACUAUUCUAAAAGCUCGAGAGAAGACACUUACACAGGGUGACAAGGGGGAUCCUGAGAAAUUGCGUCGAGAGAGAGAGGAACUUGAGCAGCAGAAGAAGAAAGAAAAGGCACGGUUGCAAGCAGAAGCCAAGGCUGCUGAAGAUGCUCGAAGACGAGCUGAAGCCGAAGCUGCAGCUGAGGCUAGACGGAAGAGGGAGCUUGAGAGAGAAGCAGCACGGCAGGCAUUGCUAAAGAUGGAAAAGACUGUUGAAAUCAAUGAGAAUUCUAGGUUCCUUGAAGACUUAGAAAUGCUUAGAGCUGCCCCUGUCGAGCAUUUGCCAAGUUCAGUGGAUGAGACAAGCCCAGAUCACUCUCAGGAUGGCUUUGGUAGUUUCAAGUUUGGGAGCAGCAACCCGUUGGAGCAACUGGGUUUGUACAUGAAGCAGGAUGAAGAGGAGGAAGAAGGUGAGCCUCCUAGUAUUCCAAAUCCUGUAAAUGAUGUGGAGGAGGGAGAAAUAGAUUGAACUCUGCUUGUGUAUUUCGAAACUAGUUGAGGAGAAAAAGAAGAGAAUAGUGAAUAUCUUGAUCCUGGAAAAAUCUUGCCAGGGGAUAAAAGUCCCUCCUGAAAUAUAAUGCAAGAGGGCGCAAGGGCUUGGUUUUUGGGAGCUUUAAACUAUUGGAGGCAAUUACAACAAAAUACAGGAAGAAGCGUUAUAAUCUCAUCUUGGUGUUGGAUGUUUUAGCGAGGGUGAAGAUGGCUUACCGAGGCUUGUCCAUGUUAUCAUUUUCCAUCAGUCUACCGACGUCAUUUGGUUUUUGGGUUCAAUGUCCAUUACCAGAGUUCCCAAGUAAGGCCCAAACUUGGUUUCAGAAGAUAAGUUUCGGUUCAAGGACGUCGUAGUGUGAACGUGAUAGUGAUGUGCUAUAAUGUGGUUAUCUAAGCUAGAAUAUUAGUAUCAAAAUAUCUGCCUUGUAUUCUUUCAACCAUUUUUACAAUGGUAAUAUUUAUCUUUUAUAUUAGAAAAAAAGUUGGCCAAGUCAAAGGCUGGUUUGUCUAUUGAUUAA